AUGGCACCGGUAAUAGUAGAAAAUUGCCAGCCUUCCAGUGAAGAAGUUAAUUCAAAUGUAUUAAACAUCCCCAUUGUAGCUUACCCACCCUUCAAAUUACGUUCGUCGCUAACCGAUAAGGACCCCGUGAUAUGGGUCCAUCUGUUACAGACCUACAUUGCACUAAUACAGAAAGUAACGGUUCUCUUAUCAAAACGAGAAGAUGAAUCCACGCAAAGAUUAAGCUCCAAAUCUUUUCAGCAGCUUCAAAAUUUUCUCAAGGUCUAUUUGAGGGAAACAGCUGAAGAGUCAUCGAAGAUUUUUAGUCUUGGGGGUGUGAACCCUGACAUUAUUUCCAACAGGAAAAUCUUGAAGUUGGUUGUUCUUAAUUGUUUGAGAGUUUAUGGACUUGUUAACUUUAAUUUAUCAGGGCAAACAUUAUGGGAUUUUACGAAGAUAUAUGUGAAGUUAGCCUAUGCAAACUCCAAGGUCAACUCAAACUUCUUAAGUCUACCCAUAAUUCAACAAAUGCUCUUAUCAGCAGACAAGAACCAUGUCACUAGAGACGAAGGGAUAACUCUCAAGACACUGCAUGUUUUUUUGGAAAAGAUUAUUACGGCAGGCAAGUUUGCUAAUGAUGAUUUAGAGAUUCUAUCCUUGCUACUGGGUUAUAUUCGGCAAGUUGGUCCACAAAGUCAGAAGCAGGGAGAUAGUAAAGUAACUAUUACUCCAAAGAACAAAGUGAAAGCGACAGCGUUUGCAGACUCAUUUACCGAUGCUAAAUGGGUCGAGACACUAGAAAUCCUGUACAACAGAGGAACUGGCGUUCAUGCACACCUGUGCCUUCAAUUAAUAACUGUUUCAUUUUUCUCCUGUUCCACAACGCAUAUUGCUGACCUCGUUACAACUGGAUUGAAAUGUACUAGUAAGGCUGCUUUGUUUAGACUAUAUCCCUUGACUACGAAAGUAUUGUUAUCUGCUAAGUUUCAGGCGUUAAAUCCUAAUCUGAAGAGUCGAUUAAUAAUGCUAUAUGCUGGAUCCGAUAUAGUAAUUCAUACACCAGAGCAAUUGAGCGCAAUCACUGAUUUGUUUCCCGAUGUUACUGAGUACCAGGCUAACUACCUGCUAACUAGACAUGGGUCGAAUAUUGAAACAGUGAUUAACUUGUUACUCGAGAACAUGUCAGUUUUGGAUGACAUCCCAAAAGAAAUUCAACAGACUGAAAAAAGAUCUGUCUACGAUGGACAGCAGAAAGUAUUGGUAAAGGGAAAGAAAAAUACUAUGCUUGCACGUUCUGAAGUCGCUGAACAGUUAAGGCACAGGACACUACAGAAUGCAUUAAAAAUGCUUUAUGACUCGGAUGAAGAUGAACCUGAUGACACCUAUGACGAUCAGGAGAGGACGACUGGAACAGACUUUGCCAAAAAGGGCAAAAAUACGAAGAAUACCGGAUUGGAUCGGGAUGAUAUCAGCGAUGAAACCGCUGAGGAAUUGAAUACCUCUUUAGAUUCUCGGUUAAACAAGGUAGAAAUUCAUCUAUUUGCAUUAUUGAAAACAUCACCAGAGCAGCUACAAAAAUCGGCAAGGAAAACAAAACAGCGAGAAGAACUCAAGUCUAACAUAAAGUGGUCAGACGAACAAAUUGAAGGGUGGGCCCGUAUGAUUUCCCACCAACGAAAACGAUUCCAACUGUUAGAGGAAGAAUUCAUAUUUAAUUUGGGUAGAGGAAACAACAUCAAGCAGAAGACUUCAUACCGAAAACCAAAAGAGGACGAAGUUGAAGAGCGAGAAACAUCCAACGAUUAUGCACUAAAGUCUAAGUCUAAAUCGCAAACGGCACAGAACCAAAAACAAAACCCUAAGAAACUCAAGAAGCGCUACGCGGACAAAGAAGUAAACAAGUCAAAAAAUGCUAACCAUAACAGAAAAGCAGCUCAUGAUAAGAAAAUGAACCAAGGACUACUUUGA